AUGAUGGAAGGGUCUAGUCCUACGAACGGAGAGUCAGAGUCAGAUUAUGCAGACCAAGUUGAAGAAAUGGAGGAAGAUAAAGCAAGGUCAGAAGCGACAUUUCGCUACACAGUGAAAAAUUUUUCUAAAAUGAAAAGAAGGCAAUUCUCACCACCAUGCUAUGUCCGCACUUUGCCAUGGACAAUACUAGUAGAGCCAUGCAUGGAACAGAUGGAAGACGGAUCCCGAUCAAAAGUAUUUGGUUUUUACCUACAAUGUAAUGAAAAAAGUGAAUCACCAUGGAGAUGUUAUGCAACUGCAGAUCUUCGAUUGCUUGCUUGUCAGGAAGGACACAAACCAUUUAGUAGAAAGAUCCACCAUCUCUUCUGUAAUGAACACAAAAACUGGGGAUUCAAAUGUUUUAUGAGAUGGCAGGAUGUCCUGGAUUCUGACAAAGGUUUCCUUAAGGAUGAUUCUAUUACGCUCGAGGUUCAUGUGAUGGCUGAUGCUCCACAUGGUGUCAAUUGGGAUAGUAAAAAACAUACAGGAUAUGUAGGUUUAAAAAAUCAAGGUGCUACGAACUAUAUGAAUUCGUUACUUCAAACUUUUUAUUUUAUCAAUCAGUUACGUGAAGCAGUUUAUAAAAUGCCAACAGAAAGCGACGAUUCAAGCGAGAGCGUUGCUCUGGCUGUACAAAGGAUUUUUCACGAUUUGCAGUUUUCUGAUUACUCAGUAGAUGCAAAAAAAUUAACGGAAACUUUCGGUUGGGGAACAUUGGAUUCUUACACACAAUAUGAUGUACGAGAAUUUUUAUACCGGCUGUUACAUGAUUUGGAAAGAAAAAUGAAAGGAACAUGUGUAGAAAAUACAGUUCCAAAAUUAUUUGAAAGCAAAAUGGAGUCGUUUAUCAAAUUUCCAAAUUCCGAUUGCAAAUCGACUAGAGCUGACACUUUCUAUGAUAUACAGUUAAAUAUUAACGGCAAGAAAAAUAUUUAUGAAUCUUUUGACGAUUACCUGAGUAUUGAAACAUUGAAAGGAAAAAGUGGAUUGGAAGAAGUAGAAAAAGGUGUUAGUUUUUUAUCAUUUUCACCAGUGUUGCCUUUAAAUUUAAGGCGAUUUCAGUACGACCAAGUUACAAAAUGUUCUGUGAAAUGUAAUGAUAGGUUUGAAUUUUAUGAAAAAAUAAAUCUUGGAAAAUACUUACCAAAUAAAGAAGCCACAAAUGCGGACUACAGGUUACACGCGGUCUUAGUUCACAACGGCGACAAUUAUGGCAGUCAAUGGGUUGUAUUUAUCAACCCAGUAGGUGAUUUCAAAUGGUACAAAUUUGACGACGAAGUUGUCUCGAGGUGUACGACAGAAGAAGCUAUCGAAGACAAUUAUGGUGGUCAAGGAGUGAAAGCUUGCACGAACGCUUACAUGUUGGUGUAUAUGAGCGAAUAUUCGUUCUUCCUAGGUAGUGACGCUCAAUCUCUUUUCAGUUGCAGACAAACAGAAUCCGCACACUCGAACACAUCAAUAAUGCAGCGCCUUCGCGAGAUAGAGGAUAACCAAAAAACCAUGACUCAGACAAUGAAACGCACAAAUGUCAAUCAACAACUAAUGCUGACUGAGUCAAAAAAGAACAGAGUACCGCGUCCACCACACUUCCCCUUAAACAGCUUAAGAGAUUUUAUAGAUGUGAACCAAAUAAACGAUGAACAGUUCAAUAACCUCGUCGUAUACUAUAAGUCACUGGGCGGUUUUACGUUAGAUGAAGCGGUGACCGUCUCCUUAAACGAAACUAUGACCGAACACGUAAUUAGCCAAUUAACAUGGUUUGGAGACCGACAUGGCACAGAGGCACUCAAGACUUCAAAAGUUACUUCCGCUAUAUACGUUUAUGAAUCUUUUGACGAUUACCUGAAUAUUGAAACAUUGAAAGGUAAGAAUGGAUUAGAAGAAGUAGAAAAAGGUCUUAGUUUUUUAUCAUUUCCACCAGUGUUGCUUUUACAUUUAAGUCGAUUUCAGUACGACCGAGGUACAAUGUGUUCUAUGAAAUGUAAUGAUAGGUUUGAAUUCUCUGAACGAAUAAAUCUUGGAAAAUAUUUACAAAACGAAGAAUUUACAAAUGCGGACUAUCGGUUAUAUGCGGUCUUAGUUCACAGCGGCGAUAAUCAUGGCGGGCAUUAUGUUGUAUUUAUCAAUCCAGCCGGUGAUGGCGAAUGGUACAAAUUCGACGACGAUGUUGUCUCGAGGUGUACGAAAGAAGAAGCUAUCGAACACAAUUAUGGUGGUCAAGGAGUGAAACCUUGCACGAACGCUUACAUGUUGGUGUACAUGAGCGAACGUUCGCAGUCCUCCCUGGAUAGCGACGCUCACUUUCCUGACAGCUGCGGGCAAACAGAAUCUGCACCCUCGAACACGUAA